CCGGCAGGGCUGGGCUGCGCAGCCCCAGCUCCUCCCUCUCGCUAUUUAUUCCUCCCCGGAGCUGCUGAGGCUGAAUCACCUCGAGCCGAGCAGGGAAGGAGCUCCCGGCCGGUUCCACAGCAUGGCCAGGCUGCUGCUCACCUGCUUCUUGGUGGUCCUGCUCCUCGGCAUCUGCACCGACGUCGCCUUCUCCAAGAAGGGCAAAGGCAAACCCGGGGGGGGCACGUGGGGCACGGGGAGCCACCGCCAGCCACAGCUACCCCCGCCAGCCGGCUACCCCCACAACCCGGGCUACCCCCACAAUCCUGGCUACCCGCACAACCCCGGCUACCCGCACAACCCGGGCUACCCCCACAACCCUGGCUACCCAGGCUGGGGCCAGGGCUACAACCCCUCCAGCGGGGGCAGCUACCACAACCAGAAGCCGUGGAAAGCUCCCAAGCCCAAGACCAACUUCAAGCACGUGGCGGGGGCGGCGGCGGCGGGCGCCUGGGUGGGGGGGCUGGGGGGCUACGCCAUGGGCAGGGCCAUGUCGGGGAUGCACUAUCGCUUCGACAGCCCCGACGAGUACCGCUGGUACGAGAACUCGGCGCGCUACCCCAACCAGGUGUAUUACCGCGACUACGGCGGCUACGUCCCGCAGGACGUCUUCGUGGCCGACUGCUUCAACAUCACCGUCACCGAGCACAGCAUCGGCCCCGCCGCCAAGAAGAACGCCUCGGACGCCGGGCAGGCCGUGAACCAGACGGAGGUGGAGCUGGAGAACAGGGUGGUGACCAAGGUGAUCCGGGAGAUGUGCAUCCAGCAGUACCGCGAGUACCGCCUGGCCAACGGCAUCCGGCUGCACCUCGCCGACGCCUCGCUCGCCGCCCUCCUGCUCCUUGUCCUCUUCGCCAUGCACUGAUGGAUCCCGGGAUCCCACGGCUUUGAGAUGUCACCCGUGUCCCCGUGGGGACCCCCCGCCCUCCCUGUUCUUGCUUGCGGUCGUCGUCGGUGAAGAGCCCUUGGGGCGCGCGGGUGCCGGCGCUCCCCGUCACCUCCUCGGGUUCACCUCCAUCAGCUCCUCGGGGUUCACCUCCAUCAGCUCCUCGGGGUUCACCUCCAUCAGCUCCUUGGGGUUCACCUCCAUCACCUCCUUGGGGUUUACCCCCAUUGCUUCCUUGGGGUUGUCUCUGGUUUAGGCAACUGGAUUGAAAAUUUCCUUCUCCGCUCCAAACACGUCCCCAGUGAGGCAGGACAGCUGGAUGUACCCAAAAAAACAUGGCCUUCACCACCUCCUCCUCCUCAGGGCCACCCUGAGAGGGACCAGGCAGAGGGGACCUCUCCUUGGCAUCCUUGCAAGAGCAUCUCCAAAAUGCCCUUUGCUAAUGAGCAGGGUUUUAUUUAACCCCUUAGUCCCGCUGCCACCCCCUUUCCCUGGGCACCCAAGCACCUCUAUCCCCAGGAUAGGGGCAGAUAUGGGGUUUUCAAGCAACAAGCUGCCAGGUUGCAAUUUUAACCCUUUAAUCCUAAAAAAAAACCGCCUUCCCCAUGUACAUAUCCCACACCUUUGCAUGCUGCAAAACCCUCCUGCAGCAACACACCAAAUAAAGUCAUUUUUUAUUCCCCCCCUCGGCGAGGCCGAAGCGCCGGUGGUCAGUCUUUCUCAGCCUGCCAAAGGCAAAAAGUGCUGCUGAAUGCCCAAAAUACCCCCAAAAUGGUGUGUACAGCCUGAGAAAAAGCUAUUUUGGAUGCUAUAGGUGACAAGUCACACUCAUACUCCAGCACCUUGACCUAGAGGAAGUUAAAAUGCAGCCAAAAGGAUGCUCAGGGCGGGUCAAGCACUUAGCAAGAGACUUAAAUCAGCUGAAUCAUAGAGUUACAGCACCAGGAGAAACAAACCUGGGAUGCGAGAUGCUUCAUAAAAACCACACUUGUGAGUAAUUUCUGUGGCACGUGGAAGCAGCAGGUGAAUUCUUGCUUCUCGUGAGCCGGGUCGUGGGGGACCCGCAGCAUCUGCAAUGCUUGUUUGACCCAGUUCUAUUUAAUAUCUCGGGUAUUUUUUUUGCAAGGCACUGAAUGACACCGUCCUAAACGAGUUGUUCUUUUUUUGCAUCAAUGUAAGCUAAGUGAAGAAAUAUAAAUAUAUAUAUAUAUAUAUACACACAAAUAGAGAGGAAUCUUUCGGGAUACCUUCGGAGAAGCAGGGCUUUGAGGUUCCCCGUCCUUUGUGAUACGCGGGAUGUUUUGUAAACCCCUGGCGGCGCAUGCUCGGGAUCUGCAGUUCUGAUACUUUUCUAAGUGUUCUGGUACAGAUACAAACAGAUAAAGCCAAGAUGCACCAUCAGCCUCCUUCCUGGAAACAGCUCUGGGCCCAUCCCACCAGAGCCAAAAGCUGCAUUUUGCAUUUUCCAGCCUGUGGGAGCCCUUUGUUCCCUUUGGACACCAAAUUUGGCCUCAACCCCACAAUCUCAACCCAACAGUCUCAGUUAACCCUUUCCCCUCCCCCUGCUCCCACUAAUGGUGUCGCUGAAGUCAACAAAAACAUUUUCUAAUUUCUGUCUAAUUCUAAUUUCUGUCUAAUAAAAGAGUUUUUACA